UAUUUGGGGUAGAUAGAGCCAGAGCAUGAGGAAGCGUCCGUUCUGGAAGUCCCAUAGUCGUCUGGUGAGAAAUUCCUAGUACCCUCUUCUCCCCAUCACCUUCGAUGGCUUCCCAAUCGAUUAGUACUUUCUCGCUCUGCUCUCAAUCACCCACCCUUAAUCUGAAAUUCUCAAGACUUGGAUUUUCCUAUGGACCCAAAGUAAUUCUUUCAAGUUCAAUCCAUCCGACCCAGCUGCAGAAAUCACUGUUCUUUCCUUCCCAACUCCAAACCAGUAAUCCACAAUUGUGUAGGCUUCAUUCACUUCCAUACUUCCUCCCUCGUCAACCAUUUCUUCCAGUACCCCAUUUAAAUAGUUCCAGAGUAUGUUCUUUCUUCAAUCCCCAGAACAGUAUUUUCAAACAAAAAAUAGUUGUUUUGAUUGUUUGGUCUUUCAUUUUCUUGGGGAGUUUUAACUCUCGACCGGCUCUGGCACAACCCACAACCCAGAAAAGCACUUCUUCUGCACCUAUGGAAGAAACAAGAGAUACCCAGAAUGACCAAAAUGAUAACGAGGAUUUGUAUUUGAAGAUAUUGGAGAAGAACCCGAGGGAUGUUGAAGCUUUGAAAGUGAUUUUGUAUGCUAAGAUGAGGAAACGGAAGACCAAGGAGGCUGUGAAGUAUGUGGAGAAAUUGAUUGAUAUCCAGCCGAAUGAAAUAGAAUGGAGGCUUCUUCAAGCUCUUACCUAUGAGAUGAUGGGGCACCUCAGCAGGGCGAAGACACUGUUCAAGCAAAUCCUUGAGGAGAGGCCUCUUUUACUUAGAGCUUUGCAUGGUCUGGCAAUGGUGAUGCACAAGAACCAUGAAGGCCCAGCUGUCUUUGAUAUGUUGGACAAGGCUUUGAAACUUGCUCAACGUGAGAAAAGAGUCACCGAGGAGCGGAAUAUAAGAAUUUUAAUUGCACAGAUGCAUGUUGUGAAGGGUAACUUGGAGGAAGGCUUGAAAGACUUCCAAGAUCUGGUUAAUGAGAAUCCCUGGGAUUUUCGGCCUUAUCUUUGCCAGGGGAUAAUCUACAGCUUGCAGGGUAAAAAGGAGGAAGCACAGGAGCAGUUCGAGACAUAUCAGAGUCUUGUCCCUGAAGAGUUUCCCCAAAGAGGAUUCCUUGAUGAUGUGGUACUGGCAGCCAAGGCAGAAUCUCGGCAACAGCUGGAGAAGGAUUUUGAUGUUGAAUUCUCCUACAGGAAGUGAAAAUCAAUAAUCAAUAUGCAGAGAAAAUCUGUUGGGUGGUAUGUUAUGGAUAACUAGAAAUCUCUAUAUACUAUUUAUCGGUCGCAGCUCUCAAGAAAGGGACUAAUCUCUCUAAGGGGUUCGUUUUGCACCAGGUGAGAUGGUUAACUGUUUAUAUCAUUUUUAUGUUCCAACUUCUCAUGCACUAAAAAUGUGCUGCCUAACCGGCAACCCAGACAUUUCUCUAUUGGUGGUGCUUGCUUGAGCACCACCUUAGGAGAAGCGUGGUGGGGUGGGUUUGAGCAGCAUAUCCUGGAAAGUUGUAAACUGGAGGGUCAUAAUUAUUUGAUCUAAAGCUAGAACCUGGUUGUCCUGCAAAUCAUGGGAAAGUUGUAAAAUGGAGGGUCAUAAUUAGUUGAUUAGUAUGAAUUAGGUCUUCUAAGUGGUGGUCCUCUGGCUUAUGUUUGAUGAAUCUGCCAGUUUUGUCAAUGUAAUGCAAUGGACCACCAUGGCACCACCAUCUAAGAGUUUGGGGGUUGGGGAUCAACAUAGUUUAUUAUUCCACUAUUCUAAGAUAUCCCAAAUGCACUGGGAAGAAGAAAUAAGGGAAAGGAUUAUUUUAGAACAGUCUAUAAAUCCAUAUAUAUGUCACACCUGCUGGAGGUAUUUCUGCCUCCUAACAGCUGGCCCCACAAACCGAAUACCCUGAGCAGAAUAACAACUUGAUGAUUGAUCAGAUGACUUCUUUUUCAGAAGAAAAAUGCUAUUUUGUUCCUAGUUAUGCCUUGGACAGUGGUCAUGGUUCCAAUCAUAUUUCUUUAGGUAAGAGAUGCUACAGGAAAUAUGUAACCAACGAGUGGUGAGUUUCCAACCAGUUGCAAAGGGGCAAAAUGCAUUCCAUUUAAUACUUUUACCUAUAUUUUGAGUUUACUUACAUGAAGCUAAUCCCCCAUUUGAUAUUUUGGCAUAGGAUGAGAUCAAGGUUAGGCAUGAUUAUCAACACCUAGAAAAGAAAAAAAGACACAAGAGCCAUCUGUUGGCACUGCAACAGCUUCCAGUAGUUCGAGUAUGCACCCAUAACUAAUUUAGUGAAAUAUUUUUGGAGGAGCAGGCACUUCUGAAAACUUUAGCUGCUAUAAGUUUUGUAGAAUUAUUACAUCAAAUUUUCCAUUUCCAAGCAACAUGUAAGAGAAGGAGAGGUUUGCAACUUUGCAUUGUGACUACUUAAGGGAGAUUGCAGCACAAGUUCUGGCUGGGGGAACAGCUAUAUUCCCAGCAGAGUCGUAAACAAUGAUGCCAGAGUAGUCUGGGAGCUGGCAUUUUUCACCCAUGAGUAUGUUCUUCUGCCAAACACAGACAUCUUCUUCUCCAGCCAUGCUUUCUUCACCAUAUCCUGGUUGGACCUGAUGAACCCUUUUGGUUGUUAUGAAUGAUCCUUCUGUGUUGAGAUGUAUGACAGGUUCAUCAGAAGAGAAACCGUAACACCUACGCCAGUUACGCCUUUUCCAUGAAUGAGAAGCACACACGAAGAGUGCAAAGGCACUGAGGAGGAAUGCUGCAAUGCCGAAGCUUGCCUGAGCCAUGCUUUCCGCAUGGAGUACAAUGGGAAGUUGACGAGCCAUUGGAAGUCCAAUGAGGGAGGAUAGAUCACAGUGAAGGGAGUUUAUGUGGUAAUGGUUUGCUACUUUGCCAAGGGGAGUUGUUAGGUAUCUGAGGAUUUGUUAAGAGGAAUUUAGGUUGGGUUGGAUCUUGGUUUUAGCAUCAAGGAAUGGUGGGUUUGGUAACCCAACCUCCUUUGUCAUUGUACUGGUUGUGGUUCAAGCCAGACAAAUAUAUUUCAUGCCCAAUUGGAUUCAAAA